CAAUAUUUUGGACUUUUAACGUUUAUCUUACAUUAUACUAAUUUGACUUAACUCUCACUGAGCAAAGUGAAACUGGUGUUCUCUACUAUUCCACUUAUUAUUAUGAGUAUUGUUAGCAUUCAAGUUAGCUACAUUUACAAUCUAUAGUUUGUUUCGUCGUACCGUUAGCUUUAGACGUUUUGUUUUGUGUUGCGUAGUCAUGUCCAGCGGGUUCCAGAUAGUGGUGCAGGGCGAGGCUUCGGAGACGGACUCCGAUGACGAAGUCUACAUCACCUCCAUGUCUCCUCCGCAAAUCGCCACAGUCGGAGCCAAGGUUCCCGGGGAGGCUUCUGAAACUGACAGCGAGGAGGAGGAGGGGGGGCAGCAGGCCGACCGAGCCUCCUCGUUCAGACAGGACAGCGCCCACGUGCUGAGGAGAGACCUUCCUCCUCUUAUAGUAGUCAGAGACCAUCCUGAUAUACAGUCCAUAGUGGAGGACAGGCCAAGUCCCACACACAGACCACAAGGUGAUACACUUUUACAACAGAAGCUGCAGGAAUCCAACAGUCGGCUUCAUUCUGACGUUGUGCAGAUGGUACGGCAGGUUUAUGGUACAGCCUGUAAAGAGGUUCAAAGUGCAACCGCUCAGCUAAAUACAUCGCAGGGCGCCAUCAUCAAUGCGUCCCACAGCAUCCGAUUAAUCCUGGAUGACCUGAAGGCGGUGUCCGAAAAGAUUGACAUCAUCACCAGCUGUCAAAUACUACCUGACAUCGACAUCCAAAAUAAUCAUACCACACCUGUGCUGUAGAAUAUAUUCAUAUGCAUGAAAUCGACUGUCACACUUUGUCUGUCAGGAUUCUCGGGGGAUAUUUACUGUAAAGAGAUGAUCCUUCGACAGCUGUCCUGGUUAAUCAACACUUUGAUUAACAUUUAACAAAGGAAUAUUCACUGUUCUUUUAUGAUUCCCAAUAUCUGUUAUAGGUCUAAGAAGCAGACUUGCAAUCAUCCUAUAAUGUUUGUUUUCCCUUAUGUGUAAACAUUGUAACAUAAAUGUAAUACCUACUAAUAUACAGAUUUUCCGUUGGAAACCUGAA